AUGCUGACCCUGAGGGGCCCAGGCCAGCUGCAACGCCUGGAGGAGGCUCUGCGGAGGAGCCUGCCUGCCACCCUGCCGGUCCUGGGGGUCGUGAUGACGGUGGCCCGGGGGAACCCGGCCGCCCACGAGGUGCUGGUGGACUCCUGGCCCCAUUUUGGCGUUGUCCUCACCCGCCUGUGCCCAGAGGAGCACAGGGACCCCAAGGACUUCUACGCCAACCAGCUGACGGUGUACUACCGGGAUGAGGGUGCCUGGUGGGUGCUGCUGGGGGGCACCGAGGUGGUGGGCUGGACCCGAGCCUUCCAGAUGCAAGGGAUGCAGGAGGGGAUGUACGAGGCCGUGCGCCAGGCAGCCGGUGCCAAGGGGCUGCGGUUGGAGACGUACCCGUACCAGGCACUGCUGAGCCCCCGGCCCCCCCGGCCCCACGUGCAGGUGCCACCGGGACUGCGCCUAGCACCCGUGUCCCCGUCCCACAUCCCACUGCUCAACGCCACGUGGGGCUUCGGGGGCAAUGCCCGCAGCCGGCGGUUCCUGCUGGGGCUGGUGCGGGCACUGCCCAGCGCCUGUCUGCUGGGACCCCACGGGCGCCCCAUCUCCUGGAGCUUGCUGGACCCCCUGGGCUGCCUGACCCACGGCUACACGCUGCCGGCCUGGCGCGGGCAGGGCCAGGGGGUGACGCUGGGUGCCCUGGGCCGGGGGCCGCACGCCCGUGGCUUCCCCAUCUACUGCAGGGUGCUGCCCCACAACACCUCCUCGCAGAGGGCCGUCCGCGCCGUGGGCUUCCUGCCCCAGCCCGGCACCUUCUACACCCUGGUUGUCACCCCCCAAUAG